AUGGAAGAUCUGAGAGAGGUCACUGUUCAAUACAUGUACUGCCCUAACUCUACUGAAAAUGCUGCUAGGAGGCAAAGAGUUAUGGAUGGAGAAGGUGUUGAUCUGAUGGCCAAAACAGCGGCCUCUAUUAGAUCAGCGGCAUCUCACCAAGCUGGAGGAUCAUACUCCAUCCCUCUUCCUCAGAACGGCCUCCCUUCUGAUCUGCCUCAACUAGCUCGCUCUAGCCCUACAGGCCUAGAACCACCCGAAAAGAAACGCAGAGGUAGGCCAUUUUGA